CAAAUUUGAAUUUCAAAUUAUUUGACCGUAGCCAUUUUCUUGGUUCAAGGUUUGUUUUCGAAGUUAUAUAUGAGUUAUAGUACUAUCCGCCCUUUUGUACUCGUGUUGGUAGAUCACCUCGGAGGCUAUUGUCCAAGACAAAAGAUGGCUUCACUUCAACAAAACGUGUCCAGGAUCCUCUUUCUCCGACCCUGCAUAUUGAUUCGCUGUGGCAUAGCAAUCACUAAAUACCGCGGAAUAUCGGACAUUCUCCGCCAUAGUUCUCAAGGUGACGAAAAGCGCGAAAACGUUCAUCGAUCCCUCCACGAAGACGAUCAAUGAUGGCCACCGUCUGAGUCGGCUGGAUGUAGAUGAAGAUCUUGUACACAACAAAAACUACAUGAACGUAUCCGCGACCCUCAGAGAGCAACAACUCCGUCUCCAAAAACUCCAAGACUGGGACAAUUUCGAAAACUUUUUUGAGACGAAUGGUGUACGGCCUGAAAAGCUUCCCAGGGAGGUGCGGCAACGCAUGGCGGAAGGUGCUUCAGCAGGGGGGGCAGUCGGUGGAAACGUGAGGCGAGAACGUAGUCGAUCCCGAUCGAGGCGACGUGGUGGUCCUGACGCCGGGUAUGAGAUUGUGGUCACGGCCGAUGCCCGAACCACGUAUACGAUAUCUGUGCGGUCGGCGCAGACGCUCUCUGAGUUAGUUCCCAAGAUUGCAGCAAUAGCGUAUGGCAGUAGUGUCGAGGUAACGAAAGACGCACUCGAAGAGUUCAAGCGCGACUAUGCCGGUUUAGUCGGUGGACGGCGUCUCCAGUGGGGGGUGAAUAACUACAAAAUUAGCCCACAGUCUUCAAUAGCGUCAGUAUGCUGGGAUGUGCCGUCUGCUAAUCUCCGAAAAGAUACCCUCUUCCUAUGUUGUACAUGACACCCGUAAGGAGCGUAUCUUUUCUGUUUUUGAUAUAAGUAAUCACCGUCAUUGACAAAAAAAAACUCUUAUCUCGACGAUGCCCUUUCUGAAGUCACAAUUUGUUUUUGGAUCCUCGUGUGAGUAGGUCCGUGAUGGACCUGUUAUCGGCUAAAAAGCUGAGCAAAAUUGAUGUGCUGUUAGUGUGGAAAUACGAAUAAAACAUUGUAAGACGCGAAUGUCGCAGUUCUUCUCGACAGAGUUCCUCUUGAUCUGAAACAAAUCAGCAUUUGAUACUAC